CCGACUUAUACAACCCACACCCUCACACGAAGAAAUUAUAGAAAAAGAGCCAUGUAUCCUUCUUGCUAGAAUUAGCCAAGACAACCUCUCGCGCACCUUUCUCUCGUUACCUGCGCCUCAGGCUCGUCGCACACGGACAAUAUCUUCGCCUACGUAACUCUAUUCUACCCACAAGGACAUCACGGCACACCAUACCACCUGAACUGAAUGGUGGCGAUCUCUCGGAAGCUAGGGUGACGGGAGGAUACGGGCGUAAAACCUUGACAGCAUCCUGCCAAAAAUUAUUAAUCCACACUAAUACCGCCGCGGGCAUCACGUCGUUCGCUUCCACGAAAAUCAAUAAUUCAUUUCGGAAAAAAAAGAAAAGGAAAACAAAAAGAAAGCAAAAAGAAAGCAAACGAGAAAACAAAAACCUUUCGACGGGCUGGACCAGUAGUAGGAUUAUAUACAUAUACGCAUACGCAACCCGUUCAUCAUGAGCAGUGAACCCACAAACACGAAACCCAAUCCCCCCGAGCGAUCGGACUCAUCGUCUUCAUCUACCGUAGAAACACAUGAGAUUCAUAGUCCUGUUCCAAUUCGACCGCGGUUGCCCAAUCGCAAGAGCAGCGGCACUUUGAUCGUUCCCCGGGAUUCUUCUCAGGUUGGUCCGUUAGAACCGGAACUGGAGCCGGAUGAUGUAAGGGCGAUGAGCCCACGAAGAACGAGCGAGGAUAUUGAGGUUAUGGGACGCGAGGCUAGAGAAGAGCUUCAUAAGCACGCUAGAGCGCUCCAGGAUUCUCUCUUAAUGAUCUUCAACAGGAUAGAGGCGGUCAAGGAAGAACACGACAAGCUUGACAGUCAUAACAAGUUUUUGCAGAAAUAUAUUGGCGAUCUAAUGAGCACAAGCAAAAUUACCUCUACCAACCGAGGCAGGAAGUAAACCCAUCCGCCAUGCGGGGACUCACAGCGGAGAGAGGGGAGGCUAGACAAACAAAUGGCCGCGGUAUCGCGGCAGUGGCGCCUAUGAUACCCAAGCCGAUU